GUCUGUGUGAGAGUGUGUGGGUGUGUGUUUGUGAGAGAGAAAGUGAGAGAGAGAUUGAAAUGAAUCUCAAUUUAAAAUAAAUCUUAACACGAUUAAUAACCGAUUUUGAUCGAUUCCACACGUGUCCUUCACUACACCCUCCUAAAGUAACUCAGUGUAACUCAGCACCGGAAGUGAGAGAUCCUGUGUCUAUUUUUUCCCCGGUAUUCAUGCCACCUGUCCGAGUCAGUCCAGGAGAAGUCCACAUUCACACAAACAGAGCAACAACCAGAGAAACGGAAAUAAAAAUGAAAUCGGUUUAUUAUCUGCUUCCUGUUUUGCUCUAUUUAUUUCUCUCAGGCUGCAGCGGUAGGAAUGAGGAGGAACGUCUCAUCCAUCACCUGUUUAAAGAGCGCGGGUACAACAAAGAGCUGCGUCCGGUGCAGAACAAAGACGAGACCGUGACAAUUUAUCUCUCACUGACGCUCUCCAACCUCAUCUCUCUGGAUGAAGUCAGUGAAACUUUACUGACCAACGUCUGGAUGGAACAUAUCUUUACAGAACUACUUUAUGAAGGUCACAUCGUAGAAGGCUGGAUUGACCCCAGACUUGCAUGGAACGAAUCAGAGUUUGAUGACAUCAAUAUCCUGCGUCUGCCCUCCAGAAUGGUGUGGCUUCCAGAGAUUGUUUUGGAGAACAAUAAUGACGGCCAGUUUGAGGUGGCUUAUUACUGUAACGUGUUGGUGAACUCCUCUGCCUAUGUGUACUGGUUGCCUCCUGCUAUCUUCCGUAGUUCCUGUUCCAUCAACGUCUACUACUUUCCAUUUGACUGGCAAAACUGCACCCUAAAGUUCAGCUCUUUAACCUACAACGCCAAAGAGAUCAGCUUAAAUUUAAAAGAAGAGCAGGACCCUGAAACCAAGAAGACCUACCUUGUGGAGUGGAUCAUCAUCGACCCUGAAGGAUUUACCGAAAAUGGGGAGUGGGAGAUCAUUCACAGACCUGCCAGAAGAAACAUCUACAAGACCAUCCCUAUGGACAGCAACAAGCACCAAGACAUCACCUUCUACCUGAUCAUCAAACGCAAGCCUCUGUUCUACAUCGUCAACAUCAUCAUUCCCUGCGUUCUCAUCUCCUUCCUGGCCUCACUGGUGUACUACCUGCCUGCAGACAGUGGCGAGAAGAUGACCUUGUCCAUCUCAGUACUCCUGGCCCAGUCUGUCUUCCUGCUCCUUAUAUCUCAGCGGUUACCCGAGACCUCCAUGGCUAUUCCACUGAUUGUGAAGUACCUGAUGUUCAUCAUGGUUCUGGUCACGGUGGUGGUGUUUAAUUGCGUCAUCGUGCUGAACCUCCACUUCAGAACCCCCAGCACACACGUCAUGACGGAGUGGACCAAAGAGUUCUUCCUGGAGAAACUUCCUCGUAUCCUCCACAUGUCUCACCCUGUGGAGACCGAGCCACAGUGGGAUGGUGCCCUGCCCAGGCGCUCCAGCUCCGUGGGUUACAUCACCAAAGCCGAUGAGUAUUACAGUGUCAAGUCCCGCAGUGAGCUGAUGUUUGAGAAGCAGUCGGAGAGGCACGGAUUGACCACGAGGCCCACGCCCACCGCCGUGAAUAAAUCGAGCAGCAACUCAGAGGUGAGCGAUCAGCUGUAUGACGAGCUGAAACCGGCUGUGGAAGGAGCGAACUACAUCUUCAAGCACAUGCGUAACAAAAACGACUAUAAUGAGGAGAAGGAUAACUGGAGUGGGAUCGCCAGGACGGUGGACCGCCUCUGUUUCUUCAUAGUGACUCCCAUCAUGACCAUCGGAACCAUCUGCAUCUUCCUGACGGGAAUCUACAACCAUCCUCCUCCUAUUCCGUUUGAGGGAGACUCGUUCACUUACAGAGAGGCCGACAAACGCUUUAUUUGAUUCAGCAGUAACACUGAGGAAUUCUUCAUUUGGGUUUUGGCUUUUAUUGUUGAAUGAUUACAUUUCAGUAUAUUUCCUCAGUGUGCUGUUUGAGAUGUAUGUUGGGAAUUUAGACUAAAUAAACAGAACUGGAAUUAA